UGACCAGCGGAAAAUGCAAACAAAACCAUUAUAAUAGCCAAACACAUUAAGCUGUCGAUAUCGAUGCGUGCCGUUCGCGCUCCAGAGGACGAAGAAAACGGUGACAGGUCGGUCAAGUCCGUUUCCAACUAGUUAGUCCCCAGUCAGUGGUCCCGCUGGUCGUUGGUCAAUGAAGGGCAUCCUCCACCCGCGUGCGGUUGAUCGACUGUGUAACUAAUUUUGGAAUAGUAGUUUUUCGUGAUUUUCUCGCCGGUCGGAAAUCAGUUUAGUGGAGGCAAUUUGGUUUAGCUUUGUUAUUGCUGUUCGGGUGUGUAAAUAGUUCGAUAAACGUGAGUGUUUUCCGGGAGCUACUACGACGUGUGGAAAUGUGAAUUGUGGGGAGGUAAAUAUUUGUGACGAUCGAUCCGAUCAGUUCGGAGUGAAUCAGCAGCGGAUAUCAAAAGAUUGAUUGUCAACGUGCAUCGAGGAAUAUUUUGAAAUCAACUAGAUACCACCAACCGACAGCAAAAUGACGGAAGCCGACAACUAUGACGACGAGCUGGUUUCGGCGAAUCCCAAUCAACGCAACUGGCGCGGAAUUUUGAUCGCCUUGCUCGUAAUCAUCAUAGUCCUGGCGCUGAUUGUGACAUCUGUCGUGCUGCUCACACCACCGGAUGAAGGACCUCGGAUAAAGGGGCAACGUAUCAAACUUCAGGAUAUAAUAGAUGGGGAGUACACACCAAAAAAACUCAACGGAAGCUGGAUUGGACCCGACGAGUUUCUAUAUCAAAACCACUGGGGAGAGAUAAGUUUGCUCAACAUGAACAAUUUAUCGGAACGAAUUCUGAUGUCCAAUACGACACUGAAAACGCUGGCACCUGCCAAAUUUUCCCUCUCGGCGGACCGGAAGUUUCUGCUGCUGGCACAGAACGUGAAAAAACUUUUCCGCCACUCUUUUCUUGCGCAGUACACCCUCUACGAUGUCACAACCAGCGAAACGAUCCAGCUGACCCUGAAGGCGGACAGCGAUGACUGGCCGUUUCUGCUGCACGCCGAGUUCACGCCCAAGGGUCAGGCGAUAGUCCUGGUGCACACGUACGACAUCUACUACAAACCGUCGGCACGAGCCACUCAGACGUAUCGGCUCACGAAAACCGCAAUCCCGGGCAUCAUCUACAACGGCGUUCCGGAUUGGCUUUAUGAGGAGGAAAUUCUGCAAAGCAACAAGGCAAUUUGGCUAUCCAACGACGGCCACCUGAUGCUGUACAGCACCUUCAACGAUUCGCUGGUGCAGGAGCAACAGUUCGCCUGGUACGGCAUGACCAACGGCGAUAUCAAUCUCUAUCCGGAGAUUCGCUCGUUAAGAGCUCCAGAGUAA